UUUUAGUAAGAUGAACUACAGCAACAGCAAGCACAACAAGUCAAGUAGUCCUAGUUCUGCGCCAGUGGAACAUCACACUCGCUAUCAACAAAACUACAACAAUGGAGUACUACAUUCGCCAAGAACUAGGACAGGAGCAACUACAGGUGCGGGACCUUCCUCGCCCGCAUCGGCUUUGGUCCUAGUAACGUCCGUCCUUCAGCGGCAACUGGAGCAGGUCGAAGGAGCCGCUCGUGAGCUGGAGCUUUCUUCUAGCUCCUUUUUACGCAGCGAUGAUGCAGAGCGAUUUAGUGCGCAAGCCCGUGUGCUCCGAGACGCAAUCGAUAGACAGUUGAAGACGCCGUUGAUGCACUUCUUGAUGUGCGACUACAGAGCAAUGAUGCAGCAUGUGAAGAAUGACCCAGCUGCUAGUAGUACUACACCAGGCCGCCUUGUGGAUCAGCCUUAUUCCUCAGGAGGUGGAGCAGACUUAUUGGUCACCAGCAAUCAUCAAUCUUCUACUUCUUCUUCAGCACACGCUCCUGUUUUCACAGAAAACGAAAACAAGAUGUUCCUGGCCUCCUCGUCCUUAUCCCUCUCUCA